AAUGUUGGAGAUGUACAGAAAGAUGUUGAUGACUUCACAGAUGUAGACUAUGAACCAUAUGGAGAUAGUUCUAGUGAUGAUGGCCUGUCUGAAGGUGAUUUAGGAACAGAUGAUGAAGAGUAUUUGUCUGCCAGGAGAGAUAAACAUAGAAAUGGCCAAGAUGAUUCAUUAGCUGAUAUAGCGGAAAUUAUCAACUCACAUCAGAGUGGUGACUACUCAGAUGAUAGUGAUAGUUCAAUAUGCAGUCAUGAAGAGAGUGUUGAUGGCUCAGAUGAUAGUGAUAAUGUUUGCAAGCCAAAGAAGAAGUGUGUAGUGUAUGAUCCUGAGUGUGAUAAAAAGACCAUACAGUUUGUUCUUGGGAUGAGGUUUGUCAGUGUUGCACAGUGCAAAGAUGCAAUACAAAGUCAUGCUGUUUAUAAUGGCUUAAAUAUUCAGUUUAUGAGAAGUAGUGAAAAACAAGUUGAAGCUAGGUGUACAGAUGGUUGUCCUUGGAAAUUGUAUGCUAGUUUAGUAAGAGCAGAAGGAAUGGUUGCAAUUAAAACACUAGUGUCAGAACACAAGUGCCACAGGGACAUGAACACUAGGCAAGCAUCAUCAAGUUGGGUGGCAAAAGAGUUCUUGGAAAAGUUUGGAAAAAAAACAAGGAUGAAGGUAGGUGAUCUAGAAGAGCAAAUUCUUGACAAAUAUGCAGUGCAACCAUCUAGAUGGAAAUUGUAUAGAGGCAAAUAUAAGGCUCUAGAGUUGCUUAGAGGAACAGAAACUGAGCAUUAUGCUUGCUUGAGAAGCUACAUUGCAGAGUUACAAAGGGUUGAUAGGAGUGGCAGGUUUGAACUAUUGUUGGAUGUUGGUAGUGUUUUUAAGGCUUUUUUUGUUGUAUUCAGUUCAUUAAGGCAGGGUUUCUUGGAAGGUUGUAGGCCUGUGAUUGGUUUUGAUGGUUGUUUCCUUAAGACAUGUGUGGGAGGUGCUUUGUUGUGUGCCAUUGGUAAAGAUGGUAAUAACCAAAUAUUCCCUAUAGCUUGGGCUGUGGCAGACUCAGAAAAUGAACAAAAUUGGAAAUGGUUCUUGGAGAUAUUGUUCAAUGAGCUCAGAAUUGGGGAUGGGCUAGGUUGGACUUUCAUCAGUGAUCAGCAGAAG